GUAAAACCCUCGUCAUACAACAACAAUCAUAGAAUCACAAAUCUAUAUAUAGCCACGGCCUUACAGCCAGCGCCUAAAUUAGAUUGCAUUACGUCACUUCCGCGCUCAGUUGACCCCGCCGGGUCAUGGACAGACACGGAAUGUGUUGCGUCGUAUGGCUAACCCCAUGGGUUUGCAAUCGUUGUUUUUGACUGCGUUGUAACUACGUGUCGAGCAUCGUUUGGUGGUGUCAUCACACGGUGAAUAGUGGUUUAUUAUGCAGCAUUUCAAAAAGUUCACGCGCUGUCAUCAUUAUUUCGCCCGUGAAGUAUGGCGAAAGUGAAGAGAGACGGCCUUGACACGUGAUCUGCCGUCAGAGUGUUGUCGUCUGCUUCAGCCUGCGCAGAAAGUGAUGAGUGACAUUAUAGACCGCAAUUUUUUUUCUCCUUGGGUUUUUCCUUUUUCUCUCUCUUUUAAAAGAGUAAGAUAGCCAGGGAUUGUGUUUGUCACCCUAAUUAUUAAACAUGACGUUUGAUCAACUGGAACUUUGCCUUCUUUCAAAGUACCUGAUUGGUAGACGUCUUCAGCGGUUAAAGGGAAGUAAUCCAUACUAGAUCAAAUCCUGAGUGUACCAGUAGUUAUCUUUCUUGUGUAUACAUUUAUGCACCGUGCCAUGUGUUGUACUACGAUACCCUAGUCGAGAAAGUUUCUACCCCGGUUGGGCGCAGCGAUGGCGCGCCGUAACUCGUCAAAAGUAAAGUACAAGAGGGUUCAGACAGAUGCUUGCAGAGUUAGUGACCCUGACGACAAUGAUGGCGAAGACAGCGAUGUAAAAGAGAAGCCAGUCAUCAACACCAAAAGAGGAUAAAACAAGAUCGUGGAAAGUCUCGAAGGUUUUACUUUCAUGCAGUGGCUGGUGUACUUGUUAUGCUUGGUUGUAGUAGCCAUGACUGGUGUGCUGUGGUUGUAUAUCAAGAUGUCCGGCGUUCAUUCAGUGUUACAGGAGACUUCAGAAUGGUGGAAGAAAGCGAUUGUGUAUCAGAUAUACCCAAGAUCCUUUAAAGAUUCAGACGGCGAUGGUAUUGGUGACAUCAAGGGUAUCAUUUCCAAGUUGGAUCACUUCACUUACCUCAACAUCGACGCCAUCUGGAUCAACCCCUUCUACCCGUCACCGAUGCUUGACGGCGGAUACGACGUCAGCAGCUUUACUGAUGGACCUGUCUUCGGCACUUUGGGUGACUUCGACAUGUUGCUUCGUAAAGCUCAUGAAAGAGGUAUCCGCGUCAUUAUCGACUUCGUGGCCGGCCAUACCAGUUCGGACCAUCCGUGGUUCCGAGACAGCGUGAACAGAAUCUCACCCUACACAGACUUUUACAUCUGGGCCAACGGCACGGUGCAGGAAGAUGGCACCAUUUCUCCUCCAAAUAACUGGAUGAGCACGUUUGGCCACUCAGCGUGGACGUGGAGAAGGGAACGACAGCAGUUCUACUAUCACGCCUACUUGCCUCAGCAGCCUAACCUUAACUAUGGAAACGGCACUGUCCAAAGCUUCAUGAAGGAGGUCAUUCGGUUUUGGAUGGACCGUGGAGUGGACGGACUGAGGGUGGACGCUGUUUAUCACCUGAUGGUGUCACGUGACAAAUACCCCGACAAACCUCGCAGCUUCGCGCCAGGAUUUGAAUCGUGGCAAGCCAAAUAUUACAACAACAGCAUGACACAAAAUAUUCCGGAGAUCGGACCCAUUGUCAGAGACUGGAGAAAAGUCUUGGACUCCUACACAAGGGAGAGUGACAAGUACAACUCAAAGUUUAUGGUGGUCGAAGUUAAUGGCCCACGGGAGGUGCGAAACCCUUACUAUGACUACGGUGCGGAUUUUCCCUUCAACUUUGACCUUUUGAAAGCUAUAAGGACCAAGACUUGCGAUGCUUUGUGCUUUUAUGAAAACAUCAAGCAAGAAUAUGAAAGUUUGCCAGAAGGCAAAUGGCCAAAUUUUGUGCUAUCCAAUCACGACGGCGCGAGGGCCAGCAGUCGCCUGGGUGCACGCUUUGUGGAUGCGCUGCACGUGUUGUUGCUAACAAUUCGUGGAACUCCCACCACCUACUAUGGAGAAGAGAUCGGCAUGCAGAAUGUCAACGUGUCUUAUGAAGACACUCAGGACACCUUUGGGAAAAACUAUGGUCCAGACCUUUACACCAAGGUGUCCAGAGAUCCGGGUAGAUCCCGAUGCAGUGGGAUGACAGCCCCAACUCUGGCUUCAGCACAGCCUCCAAGACUUGGCUGCCAGUUCACCCGAAUUAUAAGACAGUUAAUGUGGAGGCGCAAAAAAGUUCGAAAGAAAUGACGACUCUCAAGCUGUACCGGGAGUUAUCUCUCUUGCGGAAAGGGCCCUCCUUGUCGUAUGGAUCGUUACAGUUCUGCGUCGUGACCUCCAAUAUUCUGUCUUACGUCCGUUCAGAGCCCCACCACCCAGCAUUCCUUGUUAUUAUCAACUUAGGAAACGAAACUGCAACUCACGAUUUUCAUGUUGCUCCUGUCGAAAGGAAAAACAGCUCGAGCCAAGGUUUCAACUUCCGCGGCCUGCAACAGCGGACGGUUUGUCAAGGACAGAGUUGUUUCUUUGUCAUCUGUGACCCUUGAACCUGGAGAUGGACUCGUGCUGGAGUUGUCGUGAUAGUGAGAGACAGAGGACAAUCGGCAGAAAUGCUUGAGAGCUACAUUUAAGGCAGAUGUGACAGUACUGAGUAGAAAAUCAGUUGUGAUAUGUAGAGAUGCUCGGCUCUAGAUGAUUAUUGUUUUCAGUCUGCUCUAAGAUUUGGUUGUGUCUGUUUUCAUGUGAAUUGUCAGUCGUGACUGUCUCUGUAUCCUGAACUACAAUGAACAGGAAAUGGCGGAGACUGUCAGUUAUUAUGAUCUCUUGUACUUUUCUUCCACCCUCAUGCAAUAAGUAAUAGACUGUCACCAGAGAGUCUUAUUGCAGUGACUAAAUGUUUGCAGAGCUUUUAAAAAUCAUCAUCAGCUAACGGCAUUAUAGCCCUCCUCCUCCUCCUCAUCAUCAUCAUCAUCAUCAUCAUCAUCAUCGUCGUCGUCCUCCUCGUUGUCUUCCUACGUAAACUCGACGAAAGCUCACAAAAGCCUCUCCUGUUAAGGGUUUUAGAAUUGUUCCGUAUAGACGGGCUCACUGGCAUCAAAGUAUUAAGAACAUUCAAGUGUUGUCUCUUUCUAUCUAUAUAUAUAUAUGUGUCGGUGACGCAAAUUACAAAAGAAGAAAGAUCAAGCCGUGCUUUCCUUACAACAUGCCGAUAAAAAUAUUCUUGAAAGACUACAGUUGUACAGAGACAAGUAAGGACUUGCAAAAAAGCAACCUCCUUUCCAUGAAGGUCGUUACAAACACCUCUUGCUGUCCGAUUAUAAUGAUUAUUGUUAUGAUUAUUGCUGAUUAUUGUUAUGAUUUGUAUAUUCUGUUACAUUUGGGUUUAAAUAUUUGUAGUAAUAGUACUCUUUUCAUAAUUACCUACCAUUUUAUGUGAGCCUUUUUCCAUUGUGUUGGUUUUUAUUGAUAGGACGUUACUGUAUCACCGAGGACUGUUGUUUCCUAACCUUCGAAUGUCUCGCUACCCUUUCUGGCCAUGAUAUAGCCUUAGUUGCUGGCACGGUGUGAAACUAAUGAACAAACAAACAUUGUCCCCAGCCAGCACUCACUCUGCCCAUGUUUCAUGACACCAGGGUUAAAGAGUUGUGGCAAAAUGUUCACUGGUCACUGCUCAAUUGUAUUCUGUAUGUUGGUGAAAAGUAAACGGCCUAUGUUCUCCUCUGUCUGUCCGUAAAAUUAGCCAUAGAUUAAAAAAGUCCUACCAAUGAAGGAAUUUUUUUUUUUUUUUUUACUGUUUCCAAUUUGUACUGAUUUUAAAGUCCCUCUAAAUGAGAGAAUAGUAAAUAGUUUACAUAGACAAUAGUCAAUAGUUUCAGAGUAGAAAAACUAUCGAGAACCGUAUUCAGUCCUAGCAGAAAUGGCGACUGAAGAGACAAAUUAAUGCAGUCAUAGAAAAAAACAUUGUUUGUUGAAAAUAUUUACAGCAAACUCAUCUUGUAAGUGCUUGUUACUCUGAAACCCACAGUUUGUCGUUUUCGCCAGGUUUUGUUACCUCCUUCAUGCUGUUGCAGGUACAUCUACUGAUAGACUGAUCAGCAACAAAUAAAAGGUUUAUUAUGUGAAAGAACAGAAAAAAACUUUACUUGUUGUUUUAAUUAGAGGAGCUUUGCUUCAGUUUAAUAACUGAUUAUUUUCCUUUACUAUUUUUAAAAAAAGACAUUUUGAUUAUUAACAACUUUAAAAGUUUUAUGGCGUGCACAAAGAACACUCAUAUACUGCACACGCAUGCGCACAAAAGAUCUCAGAAAAAAACACAUUUGUGGAUGGACUUCCAUCUAAUGAAGCCUUUUAAAAGAUCGUGUUGCUAAACUAAAUACUUGAAGAAUAAUUACAAUGCGCAGGCAGAAGCAAUUCAUUAAGAACCAUGACAUAUACCUCGUGAAAAUAUCAGAAGCUCAUUUUUAAAAUAUUGAAUUUUUGUAUAUUUAUAUAUUUUUAUGAAUAUCCGAAUCAUGUCUUUCGUUUGAAACAAAAAUGCAAUAAAGUUUCUUUAUGCUACUUGUACUCAAGAAGAAUGUUAAUGAUUGUCUUUGAUGACACAAAGUCAAUGCUUACCAAGAACGAAUAUCUUCAGACAUUUUGCAAUCUACUAAUGGUCCAUGAAAAAAAAAUAAACACUUUUCACAAA